AUGGAGUCGCUCGGUUCAGGAAAGGUUAAUUCAAAGGCCUGCGACCAAUGCUACCGAUGCAAGGUCAAGUGCACAAUGGAGCAGUCGGGCUGCGCCCGGUGCCGGAUGACCAAGGGCACAUGCACCUACAGCCUUGGCAAGUGGAUGGGCCGGCCCAAGAAAUCGACCAGCAGCAGCCGCCGGCCGACGUUGACCAGGGCGAGGGAUGAAGCGGGAAGCAGGAGUCGGCCGCACAAGCGAGCUCGAAGCAUCUCGUCUGCCGAAUACGUUAACGACGACGACGAGGAUGAUGACGACCACGGCGAGGGACGGUAUGCGUUUGGCAUUCAAGAUGCAGACAGAAGACGCCAUGGGCCCCCGACCCCGAACGACUCCCCUCAUUUCUGGGAUGUGUUUUCGCCGGCUAUGCUGGGGAUGAAUGCCUCACAAAGCCUCGUGCCAUACCAGAUGGACGACUUUGCCAAUUUGCAUGUUGACAACGGUGCAUUUGGCUCGCCAAUGCACAAUCGCCCGAUAAUGAUCAGCCCGGCGACAACGAACGAGGGAGAAACAGCAGACGCAGCCACGAUUUCCAGAAUCGCACCCUCGACUGCAAGCUCUUCCUCAGCAAGCCAAGAGCAGGGCGAGGAGGGCCAAGCAUUUGCCCCGCUACCGUCGAGAUGUGUUGGGGACGGGAACGGCGCUGCUGCACCGGCGGGCCCGGAGCACCAGACGUUCCAGCCCACGCCGAUGGAGCCCAUUAACUCGCCGAGAUGCGAAGCUCUGCGAAUGCACUUCUCGCACCAUGAAACGACGCACCGCUGCAGCUGCUCCCGGGCGGCGUUGGACUCGCUGGACCGGCUCUCGACGCGGCGGGAUGGAGCGGGGUACGUCCAGUGUCUCGAAGCGGUGCAGCUGGCGUUCAGGACGGCGGAGGAAAUGGUGCUGUGUGCCCUGUGCGCGCCGGGACUGGUGAUAUCCAAGUGCUGCCUGUUGCUCAGCAGCGCGUACGAGCUGCUGAACGACGUAUCCAUCGGCAGCGACCACGGCGAGGCGGCUGCGCGAAGCAGGGUAAAAGAGGACAUCCGGAGGGUGAAGCGGCGGGCCACGAUGCUGUUUGCGGGCUUGGGGACUCUGCAGGACCUUGACGCUCCGGCCAGCCCGGUCCUUGCGGGGGCUCAGGCCGAGUUUUUGACGGGGCUGGCCAAGGCGUGGGGCAUGCUCUCGGAGCCGUGA